AUGGCCGGCCUCUCUCUUCGGUCUACUUACAAGCUUGUCUCGGGCUACGAGAUCCCCGUCGUUGGUUUCGGUGUCGACAGCGCCAAGGUCUACCAGAAUGAAGUCGAAAGCGCCGCCGCCAUCCGCCAGUCCGGACUUGACCGGUCGCAGAUUUUCUACACGACCAAGGUCCCCCGCACUAUGAUGGGCUACGAGAAUGCGAAGAAAGCUAUCACAGAGAGCAUUGCUGAUGCCAGCCUUGGAUAUAUCGACCUCGUCUUGAUUCACGCGCCCUACGGCGGCAAGGAGGCUCGCCUGGGAACAUGGCGCGCCCUGGUUGAGGCCCAAAAGGCAGGACACAUCCGUUCUAUCGGUGUCUCCAACUUCGGCAUCAAGCAGCUGGAGGAAUUGGAGGAGUACAUCAAGAGCGGAGGUGGUGGUGAGAUUUCCGUCGGCCAGUAUGAGAUUCACCCUUGGUGCCCGCGUGAUGAUGUCACCGAGUGGCUGCACAAGCGUAAUGUUAUCGUCGAGGCGUACUCGCCUCUUGUCCAGGGUACUCGCAUGAAGGAGCCGGUUCUCCAGAAGCUGUCCGAGAAGCACGGAAAGAGCCCUGCCCAGAUUCUGAUUCGCUGGAGCUUGCAAAAGGGAUGUGUUCCCCUCCCCAAAUCUGUCACCGACUCGCGCAUUGCCGAGAACUCGCAGGUCUUCGAUUUCGCCCUGUCGGAGGAGGACAUGGCGAGUCUGAAGCUGGAUGAGUAUGCGCCUGUGUGCUGGGACCCGGCAGUCGCCGGAACGGUUGCCUCCAACAUGCCGGACGAGCCGCGACGUAUCGUUAUUGAGAAAUCCAGCACCGUGCGUCGCCGGUAUCAACGCAGCAACAAACAAUUCCGGUUCACGGCCGCCGAACUCAAACGAAUCGAACGCGAAGAAGAGCUCGACCGCCGCGCCAAGAGCAUACGGGAGAAGGAAAAGAAACGUGUUGCCAACAAGAAAAAGAAGGACGAGCAGGAGCGGGAGAGGAAGCGACUUGGCCUGCCCGAUCCCAAUGUCCGCAAGGUUUCUUCAAGUCAACCGCUGCUUUCGAACUUCCUUGGCCUUGCUCGAAACCCAGCGCCCGUUCCAGAGCCACAGCCAGCGCAGGAUAUAACCGGCUCCGGCUUGGAAAGUGGGGCGGGGGAUACGGAGGAAGACUCAGAUGGACCGGACGACUUGGAUGAGGAGUUGGAAAAUGAAUUAUCCUGUCUACAAGAGGCACUCGUCUCUGAGAACUUCGACGGGCAUGACGCAGUCCUUGGAGAAGGCGACCACGAUGCAGAAUUAGAGAAGGAUCCGCCAUAUCUCCAAGAGACGGCGGUCCCGGAAGAACUCGACAACCAUGCCGCAAGAGACGAAAGGUCAGGAAGUGGUGGACUCUGUCUAGAAAAGACAGUAGUCCCCGAUGAAGCUGAUGGGCUUGGUGUGAACUUUGGAAUGGACCAAGCUGACGAAGAUACGGAUCCUUUUGAUGACUUGGAUGAAGAAUUGGAGCGAGAGCUUUAUUGUCUCCAGGAUGCAGGCAUUCUAGAGCAGGAAACACUCGACCAAAAUACAAACGACAAGAGCAAUGAAACGUUGGCAUUAUGUUUUGAUGACCGAGACGAUGAUGAAUUCUCAGAUUGCUCUGCAUUUGAUGACGAAGACAUUCUUAAAGCAGCCGAAGCUGUAAUAAAAUCGCCCUCUAUCCAACCUGGCCCAAGCGACCAUAUUUCAUCCAAACCUGCCGUUAUCGUGCAUGCCUCCUCAGACGAAUGUAUCAAGCCAGUCAUGAACGCCAUGUCUUCGGCUAGUGAUUCAUUCCGAGAUGACACUGCUGACUGGAUGGAAGAAGUCUUUGAACGUGGUUGCGGGGAAUCAUUUUGCGAUAUCUACGAGUAG